CGCUCAGCGCGCAAUGUCGUCUGCUCGCCUUUCCAUCCGCAGCACUUUCUCUCCCACACCCGAUCCCUAUUUCCCUCGCCCCCUUUCCUCUAGCAGCGGCAGCGGCACUGCUAGCAGCAGGUUAUCGCGGGGUGGACAAGCUAAUUUAGGACUGCCACGUGACCGACGGUGGUUGGUGCCUGCAGGUGCAAGGGGCGCUAGUCAUGGGGGGCUGGCGGAGGGGAGAACCGGGCGGAGAGGGGGGCGGGAAGAGAGGUUGCGCACAGGAGGGAUCCGAGGGCGGAAAACGCGCUUGGUGGCGCGAAUCGCGGCGGGAACUGCGGGGGGAGGCGGCGGAGAAAGCAUAGAAAGCAGAGCGGGGGAGAGCGAGGCUGUGGGGGUUCGAGACGAGGAUGUCUCCUUCCUCCGGGCGGCAAGCACGGUCGGCAUUGCUGCUGCAGCCAGCAAGAUUCUGGGUUUGAUUCGAGAAAUGGUGCUUGCUGCUGCUUUUGGCGUUGGCCCAGUCAUGACUGCUUUCAGUUACUCCGCCCUCAUCCCCACCUUCUGCCUGUCUUUGCUCGGAGGAGUCAACGGCCCCUUCCACAGUGCCAUCGCCUCAGCUUUAAGUAAAAGCGCUGCGGAGAAGGGAAGGAAUGCAGAGCGCGAGCAGCAGGAGUUGCUUGCCGUCGUCUCCGCCCUCGUAGCGCUGGCGUCAAUAGCAGCAGCCAUGCUGGUCUUCCUCUUUGCGCGGCACAUCAUCGACCUCCUUGCACCGGGCCUCUCUUUACCUCCUCCGGGGGGGUUUAUUACUGACUCAUCAUCAGCAUCAGCAUCUGCCGUUACUCGCCACAUCGCCAUUUCGCAGCUCCAGCAAAUGGCUCCCUGCAUUGCCCUCGCUCCUCUCAUCGGCAUUGGCUUUGGAACUCUCAGUGCUAGAGGGGAGUUCGCCAUCCCAUCCCUCUCCCCGUCCCUCUCCAGCCUCUCCGUGCUAGCAGGGAUCUCCUCCUACUUCGCUUUGUGCCGUUGGUCGCCUCUUGCCUCACCACAACGCGAGAUGAUAGGAGGGGCAUUCCUUGCCAUCAGCUUCACAGCGGGUGCCUUCCUACAAUGGAUCAUUCAGGUUGCUGCUGAAAUCCGCUCUGCACCGUCGUCGCAACCACUGGCGGCGGCAGCAACACCCGCAGCUGCAGCGCAAACAGCACAACAGCAACAGCCACCACCGACACCGCCAGCACCACCAGCACCAGCGUCAUCACCCCCAGUGGAUAGCACUCGCAGCGAAGCUUCUCAGGAGCCUCCUGCUGCCAGCUGGCUUCCUCUAGACGCCCUGUUUGCCCGACACAGGGAGCGGCUGCACGAGAUAUUCGCUGUGCUGCUCCCAGCAACAGUGGCAUCAGGCAUGCUUCAGAUAGCCACCUUCACCGACCUCUUCUUUGCCUCCUUCCUCCCCGGCACCGCUGCUGCUCUCGGCUACGCCAACCUGCUGGUGAUGGCGCCCCUCGGCAUUCUCUCCAGCGCCCUCCUCGUGCCGCUACUGCCGCUCUUCGCUCGACUUGCUCAUCCUAAGGAUCGGGCGCUGCUGAAGGACAGCUUGCGACGAGGACUGGUGAUGACCAUGGCCGUCACUCUCCCAAUGACAGCUGUCAUGCUCCCAUUGGCCCGCCCCAUCGUCCGCGUUGUCUUCCAGCGGCGCUCCUUCGAUGCCUCUGCCACAACUCUGGUGUCCUCCCUGCUCUCUUGCUACCUCCUCGGCUCCCCUUGCUACUUGGCGCGUGACGUGCUCGUUCGCCUCUUCUACUCCCUCUCCGACGGCGCAACGCCCUUCCUUAUAAGCACGUUCGCUAUAGCGGCGAACGCGGUGCUGGACUUCCUCUUUGUGCACUGCUGGGCGUUCGGCCCCCAGGGGCUCGUGCUGGCUACAGCCGCUGUGAACAGUGCUUCGGCUGUAGUGCUGCUGUGGCUGGCGCACAGGCGAAUGGGAGGUCUCCCUCUCUCUCUCUGGUGGCCGUCCUUCUCCAUCCUCCUGCAAGCAGCCGCUGCUACAGCUGCCACCGUUACUGCCACACAUGCGCUCCUCUCUGCCGCCCUUACUGCCGCCUCACACUCACUCUGCUUCCACCCCAGAUGGGUGUGGUUCCUAGAUGCUGCAGCAGUCGGUACGGCAGCUGGUGCCGGGUUCCUUGUUUUCUGUGCGCUUGUGGUUGCAAUGCGGUUACCGGAGGCCAUGCCACUAUGGGCUCGUGUGAAAUUGCUUCUACAGAAGUAUGGCAUUGUGAAGGUUAGAACUAUUCCAUAGUUUGUAUGUGUAACUCGCUUCAAUCUUUGUAGUCCUGCACUUGUUCAAUGUGCAUGCUAGUGGGUUGUACCGUGAAGCAUCCGAUCCCUCAUUAUUCCAAUGAAGAUGUACAUUACUC